UCACAAUCCAAGUAGCCUUCCUCCUCUUCUUCCUCCUCUCGCGACGGCAACAAACGAUUCACUUCCCCAUUAUUUUUCCUUACGCUCUCCGCCUCUCCGCCAAACACGCCCAAAAUCGUCCUGCUCCUCCUCCGCUCCAUCUACUGGAUCCGCGCGACCGGCGAUCUCCCCCGAACCUCGACUGAUCUACUGCCUUUGACCGAUGGCAUCGCCUGCAGCGCCAACAGCAACGGAGUUCACUCAGGAAGCUGCUCGUCAGUCUCUCAUUGAGAUCUCUCAGUCCCUCCCGGAGAAACCUUCAGCCCAGAACCUGGAGGUGAAGUCACCGAGCCCACGUGCAGCAAACGAAGAUCAUGAAGAUGGAGCAGAGAAAUACAGAUCAAAGCUGAUCUCAAUCUCCUACCUUUCUCCGGAUGCCCAACCGACGCCGUGCCCUCCCAAGAAUGUCCUCACUUAACUGUGACGAUGCUCCUACUCGUGCGUGUGUGGCACAGUAUAUCAGUGUUAUACCUCACUUUUAGCUGGAAAGAUGGAAAUGGAAUACUUUUGGGUGCUUAUGUUUCUAACCCUAAGAAACAUUCAGGGGGAAAAAAAAGAACAGAUAGUUGUACAGAUGACUUUGUGACGAAGAACUAUUUACCAGGAACAGGCUUGCUUAAUCCUUGCAUGUUAUUUUGUUGUUGCAUAAGCUUAGUUGUUUCCUUAUAAUGUAUGGUUAUUCGAAGUGCUA